AUGCAGCCCGAUCCUCAUACAACGCCCGGCUUGGCUCCCACGGACCCCGCGGCCGCCGCCGCCGCCGCCGGGCCCAGUUUCACUUACCCAGGCACACCUCAGUCGGACCAGUACUCGAGGCACCCCCGGAGCAAGAGGCCCGAAGACUUCGCUUUUGGCAAAGUCCUGGGUGAAGGAGCGUUCGCCACCGUAGUGUUGGCCCGCGACCUGGCAACUUCCAAGGAGUACGCUAUGAAAAUCCUGGAGAAAAAGCAAAUCAUUAAAGAGAAGAAGGUACGAUAUGUCACCAGCGAACGGGAUGUCCUGGCCGGCUUGGAGCACCCGUUCAUCGUCAAGCUUUACUUCACUUUUCAGGACAAGGAGAAGCUUUAUUUUGGCCUCAGCUAUGCCAAAAAUGGGGACCUGGUAACAUACGUCCAGGAACUGCGUCCUUUGGACGAGGCCUGUGUCCAGUUUUAUUCCGCAGAGCUGGCGUCUGCCCUGGAGUACUUGCACUCGAAGGACAUCAUUCACAGGGACCUGAAACCUGAAAACAUUCUCUUCACUGCCGAGAUGCACAUUCAGGUCACAGACUUUGGAUCAGCCAAAAUGUUGUUCCACUCUUGUAAGAAAGCCAGGGCUAACUCCUUCGUGGGCACGGCCCAAUAUGUGGCCCCGGAACUCCUGGCUGAGAAAGGAGUGUGUAAGAGUUGCGACCUGUGGGCUCUGGGCUGCGUAAUAUAUUACCUUAUAGCAGGCCUAUCUCCAUUCCAUGCUGUAAAUGAGUAUUUCAUAUUCCUCAAGAUCAUGAAGCUAGCUUAUGACUUUCCAGAGGAAUUCUUCCCAAAGGCAAAAGACCUCGUGGAAAAGUUGCUGGUUUCCGAUCCCACAAAGCGUGUAGGCUGUGAAGAAAUGGGGGGUUAUGGAGCCCUGAAGGCCCACCCAUUCUUUGAAAACAUCACCUGGGACACUUUGCAUCUUCAGUCACCUCCACAGGUCAAGAGACCUUUAAUCUCUACAUCUGAAGAUGAAAAUUACUUUUGGAACUUAUGA